AUGGUUCCCACACCGGCCGCCUGGUGCUCCGUCGCUCUGGCCCUGCUUUUGGCCCUGCAUGAAGGCAAGGGCCAGGCAGCUACCACUCUGGAGCAGCCAGCCCUGGCACCCAAGGGCCGCGGCCCCCACCUGCGUUUUCGCCGUUGCUCCUGCAACUCCUGGCUUGACAAGGAGUGUGUGUACUUCUGCCACCUGGACAUCAUCUGGGUGAAUACUGCAGGACAGACAGCUCCCUACGGCCUGGGAAACCCGCCAAGGCGCCGGCGCCGCUCCCUGCCAAGGCGCUGUGAGUGCUCUACUGCCGGGGACUCUGCCUGUGCCACCUUCUGCCAUCAAAGACCCUGGUCUGAAACUGUGGUCACCCCAAGCAGCCAGGCUCCCGGAGCUGUGUUAAAGCCUGGCAGGAAGUGGGCCGCUGAGGGAGUCCUCCUCCAAAAGCUAAGGGACAUUUCUGCCUCCAAGCUCCGCUUUGCCAGGCUACAACCAGAGGUAACAAGAGAGUCGGGUCCUGCACACUCUCGACGGAGGAAAAGAUAACCCUUUUCAGCAGCAGGACCACUGAGAAGGAAGCCCAUGUGGAGACAGGAGGCAACGGGCAGCUGGGGAGACCCCGUGCCUGU